AUGCGCGGGAUCGUUUGCGUCCUGAGCGCCGUCCUCGCGCCGAUCGUUUUAGCCGAUAUCCUGAGCAGCCAGGUGAAAAUACCGGGGACAAGCGGCGGAGAGCGCACGGGCGGGGGUCAACUGUCGUGGGCCACGAGCACCGAGAUACAGCAGCAGCAGAUCGUCGUACUGACGGACGAGGAGAAUUUCUUCAUCAAUUGGCUGCAAAACGUUUUGGGCUACCAGCUACAGUCGUCGACGACCACGACUACGACGACAUUGCCACCACCGCCCUCGAGCCAACCUGGAAAAUGUCGCCCCUGUUACUGCGGCCUGACAAACACGCAAAAGAGGAUCGUCGGCGGCGUCGAGACUCAGAUCAACGAGUACCCGUGGGUCGCCCUUUUGUCCUACCGGGGCAAGUUUUACUGCGGCGCCAGUGUCAUCAACUCUAAAUACGUCCUGACAGCGGCGCACUGCGUCGACAGGUUUCAGAUGAGCUACGUCACCGUGAGGAUACUGGAGCACGACCGCAACUCGAUAGCCGACUCGAAGAGCCAAGAGUUCAAGGUCAAGGAAAUAAUCAAGCACUCGGGCUACUCGAACGUCCAGUACAACAACGACGUGGCGCUCAUCAAGAUAGACGGGGAAUUCGUGUUUGACGACAAAAUGCGACCGGUUUGCCUGGCCGAGCGAGCUAAAACUUUCACCGGCGAAACGGGCAUUGCGACCGGUUGGGGAGCCACCGGGGAAGGCGGACCUGUUUCCAAUACCCUGCGAGAAGUUACCGUGCCAAUUAUGUCAAACGCCAACUGUCGGGCAUCUAAAUACCCGGCCCGCAAAAUCACCGAAAACAUGCUCUGCGCCGGAUACAAGGAGGGACAGAAGGACUCUUGUCAGGGCGAUAGCGGUGGUCCCCUUCACGUCAAGAGAAGAGACGGCUUGCAUCAAGUGGUCGGAAUUGUGUCGUGGGGCGAAGGAUGCGCCCAGCCCGGCUUUCCCGGGGUUUACACGCGAGUCAAUCGUUACCUCACUUGGAUCAAGCGCAACACCGAUGACGCCUGUUACUGUUCUGAGGACGUUUUGUGGCGCAAUCGAUGA